UCUCCGCAGCUCGGCGGCUGCUCGGAGCCGAGCUGGGCCGAGGCGCUUGCGGCGCGGCUUCCCGAGCGCUGGGAAGGGGCCCCGAGCCGGGCCCAGACGACGACGGCGGGCGGCAGCGAGGGGUCCUGGCGGCGCCAUGGGGAAGCGGGACAACCGGGUGGCUUAUAUGAAUCCCAUAGCUAUGGCCAGAGCACGAGGUCCUGCCCCAAAUUCAGGACCAACAAUACAAGACUACUUGAACAGGCCAAGACCAACAUGGGAAGAAGUGAAAGAGCAACUAGAAAAGAAAAAGAAAGGAUCUAGGGCUUUGGCUGAGUUUGAAGAAAAGAUGAAUGAGAAUUGGAGGAAAGAACUGGAAAAACACAGGGAGAAAUUGCUGGGUGGAAAUGAGAGUUCCUCCAAAAAGAAAGAGAAAAAGAAAAAGGAAAAGAAGAAAUCUAAUAGGUUGUCUUCAUCUUCCUCUUCUUCAUCAAGUUCUGAUUCUUCCAGUAGUUCAUCUGAUUCAGAAGAUGAGGAUAAAAAGCAAGGGAAGAAGAAAAGGAAAAAGAAGUAUCGCUCCUCACGGAAGUCUUCAGCAAGCUCGACUUCUGAAUCUGAGUCAGACAGCAAGGACAGCACAAAAAAGAAAAGGUCAAAGGAAGAUUAUGAAAAAGAAAAGGAAGGCAAAACUCACCGCAGGAAAAGGAAGAAAGCCGAUCGUGGUGAUGGACCCUUAUCAUCAGAAUCUUUAUCAGAAUCAGAUCAGACAGAGGAGGUGCAAGUGAAAAAAAAGAAAAACAAUGAGGAUAAAGAUAAAACAGAUAAAACAAGAAAGAGAAAGAAGCACAAGAAACAUGGUAAGAAGAAGAAAAAGAAGAUUGCUGGUUCAAAUUCAGAUUCAGAAUAAUAUUUAAAAAAAACAAGACUAUCAACAGAAGUGCAAUGACGAAAGGAAACUUAAACUGUGAAAUGACAGCAAACUUUACCAAACUGCAUGAGUUUUCCUGUGUUUUAGAAAUACUCCCAAUCUUUCAGUAGCCAGCCAGGUGCAGCUGUGCUGGGAAAGACCAUUGUUAUUGCCUGCUGCUUAACACAUGAGGUACAACUUUUAUAAAAUUCCAGUAAGCAGUGUUAGAUGUUUGAAACUAUGUGAGAUGGUAGUCCAGCUGAGGUGUAAAAUAUUGGAAAAGAAGAGUUAAACUUUUUAGAUAGUAAAAGUAGUCUUUCAACUCAUUAGUAAUAGUCUUUAUUUGUAAAUCAAGACAAAUAAAAUCCCAAGUUCAUCCUGCAGGUAACUAUCAUACAUAAACUGUCAGAAGCUGGUGUCUGCUAUGGCAUUUACAAAAUGGGAAAUGAAUUAUAACAUUUAAAAUGCUACCUUUGUAGAAAUGUUUAUCUGCCCCAUUACUGUCUUCAUGCUUACAAGAAAGGGAAUGCUACCAUUUUGGCUAACUGAUUAGGGUGCCUUUGAUCCUUGCAAAUCUCUGCUAUUUUUAAUCCAUGCUGCAUCUCUGAUUCUAGGGAAGCCAGAACUGUUGUUGGCAGACUUCCUCUGAAUAAGUAAUUCUGGGCUUCUAAGCAUGUGCUUCUGCAUUAAGCAAGAGCAGUGGCAUUUUGCAGUUAAACUGACAUUCAAAACCUGAAGAUUUUACCUCUGCUCCUUUGAAAUAGCGAUAUAUCUUUGCUAGUAAAUAUGCGUAUUUCGUUUAAUGUUAUUUUGGUUUAGUUGAACACAUCUGGCAAGCACUGGUAGCUUUCUUUGCAUUAUCUUUAGAAUUGUUUUGCAUGAUUUGUACCAUUUUUAAAUUAAUGAAAUGCCGGUAAUCGUUUGUUGUAACCAGUUCUAUGAAUUACGUUCCACAUACAGAAUUUCAUGUAUGUAUUUAGUUACAGUUAAGUUCAUUGCUGUGUUUAAGUGCACACUUGCUGAAGAUAUUUAGCAUGUAAAAAGCAGGGUUUUGAUACCUUAACAGCUUCAUAUUGAAGCUGAUUUUACUCUAAGCAAGUUCAGUGGCAGACCUGUUACGUGAUGUGUCUUGUUAGAUAAAACAAACUACUGCCAGAAUCUCAUUAAAGAUACUGUUUAAACAGUU